AACACACCCACUGAGCACUUCAAGCAGACUACACCACAAGAAACCUCAUCUGAGUACACAGUUAUGUCUAUUUCUUCCACCACUGAGCAACCCUCCACAAAAGAGCUGUUUUCUCAGUCAACAAUGUCUGCCUCCUCCAUCGAGUUGACCUCUGAAACAACAAACACUACUACUGAGCGUACGACACCUACUCCAUCCAUUACUCCUUUUACUUCCAGUUCUCAGCCUUCUGAGACAACCGCACCCACACUAACUUCAAGCACAAACACACCCACUGAGCACGUGAAGCAGACGACACCACAAGGAACCUCAUCUGAGUACACAGAGAUGUCUAGUUCUUCCACCACUGAGCAACCCUCUACAACAGAGGUGUCUUCUCAGUCAACAUUGUACAUAUCCUCCAGUAAGUUGAUCUCUGAAAGUACAAGCACUACUACUGAGAGUACAACACCCACUCCAUCCGUGACUCCUUUUACUUCGAGUUCCAAGCCUUCUGAGACAACUGCACCCACACUAACUUCAAGCACCAACACACCCACUGAGCACUUCAAGCAGACUACAAACGUGAAGCAGACUACACCACAAGGAACCUCAUCUGAGUACACAGUGAUGUCUAGUUCUUCCACCCCUGAACAAUCAUCCACAACAGAGGUGUCUUCUCAGUCAACAAUGUCUGCCUCCUCCAUCGAGUUGACCUCUGAAACUACAAACACUACUACUGUGAGUACGACACCUACUCCAUCCAUUACUCCUUUUACUUCCAGUUCUGAGCCUUCUGAGACAACUGCACCCACACUAACUUCAAGCACAAACACACCCACUGAGCACUUCAAGCAGACUACACCACAAGGAACCUCAUCUGAGUACACAGUGAUGUCUAGUUCUUCCACCCCUGAACAAUCAUCCACAACAGAGGUGUCUUCUCAGUCAACAUUGUCCAUAUCCUCCAGUGAGUUGACCUCUGAAACUACAAGCACUACUACUGAGAGUACAACACCCACUCCAUCCAUGACUCCUUUUACUUCCAGUUCUGAGCCUUCUGAGACGACUGCACCCUUCCUAUCUUUAAGCACCAACACACCCACUGAGCACUUCAAGCACACUACACCACAAGAAACCUCAUCUGAGUACACAGUGAUGUCUAGUUCUUCCACCCAUGAGCAACCCUCCACAAAAGAGCUGUUUUCUCAGUCAACAAUGUCUGCCUCCUCCAUCGAGAUGACCUCUGAAACUACAAACACUACUACUGCGAUGAGUUGA